AUGGGGGGGCAGGAGCUCGUCGAGGCCAGCGCGAGGAUCGCCGAGCUAGAGGCGGAGGUCGCCGAGCUCAAGAGGAACUCGCAGGCCCCCGUUCCCUCCACAUCCUUGUCCAAGUCGCUGCUCGCGGCGCUGGCCGUCUUCCAGGUCCUCCUCCUCGCCAUCUGUCUCUGGGGGGCAAUCAUCUCGACAAUCAACUAUACGGAGGCGCCCUCCAUGAAGACCUCGUUCAUGACGCCGCAGCUCUCCACGCUCAAGAACGCCGCGGACGACUGCCCCGUCGCGGUGCACGAGACCAAGCUCGUGAUGCAGGGCGGCUUCUUGGAGAUUGAACUCCAAGAUGUGGACGGUUCCGAAGGGCGCCAGCGCCAGAACUACACCAUCAACGCAGCAACAAACAUCGACAACUAUGAGAACGGCGUGGAUCACGUGGUCCUCCCGUGCCGGACGUGCGGAGGCGACAAGACGUACCCGCUGCUCUCGCCGACGAUGCUUACGGAGAAGGAGGACCACUUCAUUCUCCGCGGACACAUUGGCGAGCCGCUGAAUGGAGACUAUGAGAUCAAGUGCUGCUACCCGAAGUCGGAGUGCAUGGCCCGGCCCAGCCUGCCCUGCGCGAUGGCUCCAGUGCCGGAGGCCGGCCUGCCAGAGCACACAUGCCCCGAUUGGGAGCCGGAGCCUGAGCCGGAUCCCGAGCCACACGGGCGCAUGUUGUUUGAGGCGGACGGCCAUGCGGAGCUCGACCCCUUCGAGUGCACGGACACCCCCGAUGAGCGCCUUGCGCAAGAGGCGAAGAAGCUCAGCCUGCCAGGGCCAAGCUGCACGGAGCUCCGCGCUGCGGGGGCGUGCGAGCUUGAGAUGGUCAAGGAAUUGUGUUGCAAGGCGUGCAAGGCGUACGGCCACACGAAGGGUCGUCGUAUGGGUAAGUGCACUGGCUAA